GAAAUCUCGCGAUAUCUCGCAGUUCCCGCGAGUGCAGACGGUCCAGCCUCCGAAUCGACGUGGUACUGUAGCGGGUUGUCAUCGUUUUAUUCCCCUCGAUUCCUGCAGUCACCAAGCGGCAAAUACCCCGAGAAACUAUGGCGGGAGACGAGAAGCAAGUGCGGAAGAGAAUCGUCGAGAAAUCCGACUCGAAGAACGGCAAGAAAUCCAAAGCAGUGAAUGGAACCAAGAAGGGGGGUAAAGAUGAGAAGCCGUCAGCGUUCCUGGUGUGGAUGCUAGUGGUGGCCGUGGUGGCUGUGUGGGGAACGGUGGUCGUGGUCAAACUGGAACUGGUGGACUACAAGGGCAUCAUUGCCAGAAUAACGGAGCGGGGUCUGGAACCUGAGAUCUCCUACGGUGAAGUGCCGGUGGCUGAGAAAUUGCCUGAAGAGGAACUGAAGAAAGCAGAAGAGAUCAUACCGGAACCUAAGAAAGAAGCCAAGAAAGUCAAGAUAAAACUCCCGCAAACCGAGGCAGAGAAACCAGAUAAGAAGGAACCGUCUAAGAAAGAGGAAGCUCCUAAGAAGGAACAGCCUCCUCCAAAAGAAGUAAAGAAAGAAGAACUGACUCCCAAAGAAGAUACCACCACCAAGGAGGCAAAGGAAAAACCUGCUCCAAAAGAGAAACCAGCUCCUAUAGACGUCAAGGAAAAAUCAGCUGACAAAGACGACAAACCUGCCUCCAAGCAAGAAAAACCUGCAACUAAAGAAGCUGCACCGAAAGAAGUAAAACCUGCACCCAAGAAAGCCAAACUGUCAGAAGUAAAAGAAAAACUUGCACUCAAGGAAGCCAAGCCAAAAGAAGCAAAAGAUGCACCUGCACCCAAGGAAGCCAAACCUAAAGAAGUAAAAGAAAAACCAGCACCGAAGAAAGCCAAGCUGUCAGAAGUAAAAGAAAAACUUGUUUCCAAAGAAGUCAAACCGAAAGAAAAGGAAAAACCUGCAACCAAAGAAGCUAAACCAAUAGAAGUAAAAGAAAAACCUGCACCCAAGGAGGAAAAAGCUCCAGCCAAAGAUGUGAAGGAAAAACCUGCCAUCAAAGAAGAAAAACCUGCCGUAAAGGAAAAGCCAGCUGCUAAAGAAGUCAAGGAAAAGCCAACCGCUAAACCCACUGCAAAAGCAGUGGAACCACAAGUCAAGAAAAGGCCAGAGAAAGCCGUAAAAGAACCUGCUACAAAGAAAGAAGCCAAACCAACGAAGAAGAUAGAAGAGAAAACUGAAGCUAAAAAAAUAGAAAAACCUGAAAAAGCAAAGGCUGUCAAACCAGCCACAGAGAAGAAACCAUUGAAAGCAGAGGCUAAAAAACCCGUCAAGGAAGCAAAAACACCGCCACGCGCAAAGCAUGUGCCGCUGAAAAGGAUUCCGCCAGCAGAGAAGAAAGUAGAAGCACCAAAAGAGAAACCAAAAACUGUAGAGAAGCCUGUCAAAGAAGCAAAGCAAGCUGCGAAACACAGACAUGUGCCGCUGAAGAGAAUAGCACCAGCUCCGCCUGAAAAAGUUGAAGAAAAGAAGCCAAAAACUGUGAAAGAACCACCUAAAGAAGAAGUCAAAGUUGCAAAAGAGGAACAUGUCGAAGCAAAACCAGCGAAACACAGACAUGUACCACUGAAGAGAAUAGAGCCAAAACAGCCAGAGAAAGCGACAGAAACCGUGAAAGAAAUGCCUAAAGAAGACAAAAAAGUUGAACAAAAAGAACCAGUGAAAAAAGCUAAACCUGCAGAGAAACACAGACACAUGCCGCUCAAGAGAAUACAGCCAACAGCGCCUGAAAAAGUUAAAGAAGCUGCCAAAGAAGUGCCUAAAGAAAAAGUUACAGAAAAAGCACCUGUGGAAAAAACUAAGCCAACAGAGAAACACAGACAUAUGCCCCUCAAGAGAAUAGAAAAACCGUCUAAGAAGGUUAAGGAAGAAAAGCCCAAACCUGUAGAAGAACCACCAAAAGAAGAACCCACACCACCUGAAAAGAAAGCUCCUUCGUACAAGCUCAAGCCAAAACGGGUACCCAAAGAACCGCCCUACAAACUCAAGCCAAAGAAACUGGCAGGGCAGAAACCCAAAGUGAGGAAAGUGAAACCAGUUGUGAUAAAGAAAGUUGUAGCUGAGCCUAAGAUCGCGAAAGCAGUGCGCCCUCCCCCACCACAGGUCAAGCCUCGAGCCAAGAAAGUUAGCUUAGAGCAGUACUCCAAGCCGAAGGAAGAAGUCACAGAUACAGCAAAUGUUCCAGCGCCAGCAACCACAGAGGUUAAAGGUCAAGAUUCAGAAAAGGAAAAUGUAGAGAAGGAAUCCUCUCUCUUUCACGUCACCAUCCCUAUUAACAUCCACCUUCAGCCAGUGGUCAGGAACUCAUUAGACAAGGCUGCUGCCCCUCCCGAUGCCCAGGGUGUAGUUCUUCCCUUGAAUGUCACCUUGUUGCAGGAUGAACUGUCAGUCAAGAAAACACCACCAGCAGAAGAGAAAGCAGAGGAUGCUGAGGCAGUGGAGGAGGGAGACUUACCGGAUGAAAAUGCCAUCGCAAAGGAGGAGCAAGCAAGGGGAGAAGAUGGUGAGGAACAGGCAGUUCCAGAGGAAGCAGUGGCCGCCCCAGAAAUCCCCCCUCCUCAAGUUACAGAUGAUGAUGAUGAUGACGAUGAAGACAUUCUAGACAACUUUAUUGGAGGAAGAGAUGAUGAUUACGAUGAUGAGGACAAUGAUAGUGAUGCCCAAGAUGAUGAGCCAGAAACUGUGGAAGAGGAAAAUCCUGAAGAACAGAAAGAAGAAGAAGAAGAAAAAGUAGAAGCAGAAACUGCACAGCAAGAGCCUGAAGAAGAAGAUGAUAACGAUGUCAUUGAGGAAGAGAAAGCUUCCAAUGAGGAACCUUCAGAAGCUCCAUCUACAGAAGAGGCAGAAGAAUCGGAUGGUAAUAUGAAGGAGGAGGAGGAUGAUGGUGCUGAUUCUGAAGAGCCAUCUGCAGGAGAAACUGAGGAGAAAAACAAUGAGGAGGAAAAUGAUGAUGAUGAUGAGGAGGAAGAUGCAGAUGAUGACAACGAUGAUCAAGAAGAAGAUAAUGAAGAAGCUACAAAGGAUGAAGAUGAUGAAGAAGAAGAAGAUGUUGAUCCUGAAGAAAGCUUCAGACGGAAGGUAAAGAAAGUUAAGGAGUCAAUCGCCAAGUCGAAAAAGAAGGAGGCCAUCACCAACACUGAGGACAAGAAGAUCCGUAAGGAGUUGGAUGCAGCCGACAAACUCGUUGACGAGGGUGACUAUGAUGCUGCCCUGAAGAAAUACGACUCCCUGUUGGAGAUAUUCCCCGACAGUCCGCGGGCGCUGUUCGGCCGUGCACAGGCCGAGGAUAAGGUGGCGGAUAAAUGGAAAAGCAAUGAGUGGCUCCAAGCAUGCAUCGAAAGCUAUGGCAAGGUCCCAACGCAAAAGAACUGUCCCAAAGAGCUGAAGAAACAGGCGCUACUUAGGCAAGCCAACCGACUCACCUUUUAUGGUAAGCUUCGCCAGGCAGUGAAAACCAUGGGUCGUCUGAACGAGAUGGUGCCGGGAGAACCGGAAAUCCUCAACCAGCUGGGCGUGUCAUACCUCAUGGUGGGGAACAACAACGCUGCCAAGAGGAUAUUUGGAGAGGUGAUUCAGAUUCGGCCUGAAGAUGGGUUUGCGAAGGUUCACCUGGGCUUCAUCCUGAAGACAGAGACUCGGUAUGACGAGGCGAUCCCCCUGCUGAGGGAGGGUAUCCAGACUGAGGAGGAGGGGACCAUCGAUGGGAGGUUCUUCUUCCACCUGGGGGAUGCUCUGUACAGGAUGGGGAACCCAGAGGAGGCAAAGUAUUGGUAUAAGAGUGGUGCGGAUCGUGGUCUGUUUGCCUCCAUGUACCAGCGCUCGCUCUACAACGAGCCCAACCUCCGAGCUCAGCCCUUCUGGACUCCACAGGACGGCGGAAACGAUUUCAUCCGCGCUGUCAAGAGACUAGAGUUGAACUGGGAAGUGAUUCGAGACGAGGGUUUGAAGAACAUGGAUGCUGAAAAGGGAGUCUUUUUACCGGAGGAAGAAAACCUGAAGAACACAGGCGACUGGAAACAGUUCACACUAUAUCAGAGAGGCCAGAAGCAGGAAGCCAACUGUAACAGAGCACCACACACGUGUUCUAUUAUCAGCAACAUCAAAGAUGCUACCGGCUGUAAAAGGGGACAGAUAAAGUACUCCAUCAUGCAGCCGGGUACCCACGUGUGGCCGCACACAGGUCCCACCAACUGCAGGUUACGGAUGCAUCUGGGACUGGUCAUACCAAAGAACGGCACCAGGCUACGGGUGGCGGAUGACAUAAAAACGUGGGAAGAAGGAAAAGUCAUCAUCUUCGACGACUCCUUUGAGCACGAGGUCUGGCAGGAGGCCGAUUCCUACCGCAUGAUCCUCAUCAUUGACAUGUGGCACCCAGACCUAUCCGACAAACAGAAGAAAACUCUCACAGCCAUCUAAGAUCAUAGCUUUGCGAUUGUUUUACUUAAUGUUAAAGGCUAACCUUAAGUACUGCAUACUUUCCAUAUUGUUCUGUCCAUGGUGCUGAAUACUUUCCAUAUUGUUAUUGACAGUUAUGGAUACGAAGAUUGACAAGUUAGCUUAAAGGAUGUUUGUCUUUACUUUUUAGAUAGUUGAUUCGAUGUAUAGAGUUACAAUCUAGAUGUUAAUCUUAAUGAUACCCUGUAAAUGUUGAAAUUUUCAUGGUGGUUUGUUCUCCAUUUUUGCCACAACCUCUUCACAGUGAUCUCAAAACUGCCGCAUAAAAACUAUUGUUCUGUUUUCUGCUUGCUACCACAUUGUUUCAAAUGCAAAAAAAAAUUAAAACCACUGCAAGCAUUCCAUUUUCUCCCUACUACCUUUUAUAUUAUAAGUACAUGUACUAAAUUGGAAAAUAUAUUGUACACACACCAUGUACUUUAAGGCAUUUACAGUAUUUGGUUUCUACUGUAUGGUAGAAAAUACCCGCCUGUAUAGAUUUUUUUUUAAACAGCUACAAUGUGACAAUCCACCGCUAAUUUGAGUGUUAUGCCUGCUUUGUUCUGGAAAUAUGCAUGAUGUUUUGUACAAUGUACAAAGUGCUGUUAGUUACAUGUACAUGUAUAGUACAUAAUAUUAUUCUAAUGUUCGAUACUGUGCAAUUUUGUUAGUACUUUUGCAUAUCUGUUAGGUUUAUUACUUUUAUUAAUGUCUAAAUGGAGCUGCUAGAUACCUGUACGUGUAGGUCAGCAUUGAAUUAACAUUUAACCUUUAUCAUAAUUAUAUUUAUUUAAGUUUACUAACCUGUUUCUAACUCAAUUUUGCUGUCAAAGAGAAAAUACUGUUCCUUGUCUUUUAUGACCCUAAGUGUCGAGUAUGAUUUUAAAAUGAUAUUGAUCAAGCCAUUCCAUUUUUUAUGUGUCGCUACUAACGUGUUAUGUAUUGCAAAAAGCUUCACCAUUGUUUGCCUAUUGAUGUAUAUUAAGAUGUGUGUUGAGCGAAUUUUGUUGUUUUGUUGCUAUUUUAAUCUCUCAAUUUUCAUAUACUUACAAUCAUACAGUUACUGUAUAGUCUGCAAAUAAUAGAGACAGCUGUACUUACCUUACGAAAUUACACAAAGCAAAAACAAAAAUGUGAUAUUUUUAUGACACAGAUUCAUCUCUGCACAGCAGAAAGUAGUAAGCAUACUUUUCCGUAACUUUUGAAUUCAUGCAAAAAAGUUGCUCCUGCUGCAUUAUGUGUCAUGUGCCAUUCAUUUCUUGGCUAAUUUUGAUCGUGUCCGUUUCCAUUCCUGCUGUUUGACUCUUUGAGUUUAUAACUUUGUGCCAAAAUGCUACCCAGCGCGGGAAUUUCACUGGAUUUCAACAAAUUGUGCCAGGCUUCCCAAACCACUGCAAAUCACAAUUUGUGCCCUGAAAUUGCAAUUUUUUUAGGUUAAAUAUUCUCUGCAUUUUCUCUGCAGUUGGGCGCAGUGCAGUGAGAUGCUCGCUUUAGCUUACAAAGGAGAAAUUGUGAAAAAGUGACCCACCCAAAACCCGAAAUACAAUUGUGGAUUGAAACUAUUUUUGUAUCUAAAUAGUUCCAGUCAGUCAGCUUUGAAUUCGAUGUUACUCAAUGUAUUUAUUAUGACCUGCACAAGGAAACUACAUUAAUUUUAUAUCAUUCUUUACAUCAAGUAAAUUUCACCAACUUUCAAAAGACUUAGUUUUUUUUAAAAAUCAAGUACUUGUAUCAUGACUGUACAAACUGUACAAUUAUGUAUUUUUAUACACAGGUGUGAAAAAUUUCCAGUAUUGCUUAACAUAUCAAUACUAAAAUGAUAUACCUACAAGUCGAUAAUGGUACUGGACCUCACAAGUUGGCAAUACGGGCAAUAACAUAAAUGUACACCAAUGUUGUACAUAAAUGUAUAAUCUGUAUGGAGCUAUUCAAAUAAUACAUGUGCAUUCUUGCUUUCUAUGAACUGUACUUACAGCAAAUAAUAACAUUCUUUGCCUGUCAUUGUAAUGUUGAAUCGUCAUUAAAAAUGAUGUAUUAAACUGA